UCGAACCGGCUCUCAGGGGGUCACAUUUGAUCAUCUCCGGACAGGAAGCUUUGUUGAAGUGCAUGACAAUCUUUUUCAUCUAAAAACUCAGCUGUGUACUUUUCUCAGAGGUCACAUGGGACUGGAGCUAGACUAGAGCAAAAACAGAGCUGAGGCUGUAUUGUUAGACUGCUGGGAUUGUGUGGACACCCUUUCUCCUGUUGGAGCUGGGAUUAGAAGAUUUUAGCAUUCAUUGUUUUCAAAUGCAGAUUAUGAUAAACACAACACUCAUGGCAAACAAUGCAUCAUGUGUAACUACGACCCAAACUUCAAAUCAACUGCUGAUGUCCAUAUACAUUAUUGCAUUCAUCCUGGGCCUGCUGUUCAACCUGGUCACCAUUGGUCCUAUUAUCCAGCAAAUCCGCAAAAAAAAUUGUGUAGGGAUCUACCUACUUGGCCUGUCCAUCUCUGAUCUCCUAUACAUUCUCACCAUGCCUCUGUGGAUCCAUUAUUUUAGCAACAACCACAAAUGGACACUCAAGCAGGAACUAUGUAGCCUCGCUGGCUUCUUUUACUAUUCAAACCUUUACAUCAGCAUCUAUCUCCUCUGCUGGAUCUCCAUUGAUCGCUGCCUGGCCAUCACCUUCCCACUGCGAGUCCAAGCCUUCCGCCGUCAGCGGUAUGCCUGGAUUAUCUGCGGGUUGGUCUAUGUUUUUGUGAUGCUCUUGCACUGUCUGGUUCUAGUCAAGGAAAAGGUGCCAGAUCCACUGAACAAUGAGAGGUGCUACGAGACCUUUCCCAUGACCUUCCCCAUCGCCCUUUUUAACCUGAUACGGGUAGCCUUUGGUUUCCUUUUGCCACUUGUGGUCAUCACAGUCUGCUACUAUUUGAUCCCAAACAAGGUGCAGCAAAGCAGAGGAGUGGACGAACAGGUUAAGCGCAAAGUUAGGCUUCUGUCUAUUGGAGUUAUUGGGAUUUUCUCUAUUUGCUUUGCCCCAUACCAUAUUCUCCUGCUGCUACGAUCCAUCGUCUUCUUCUCUCUAGGGGAUCAAAAUAGCUGCUCAUUUGAACAAGCAAUAAAUUUACCAUUUACAUGCUCCCUAGCCCUGUCCAGCCUUAAUAGUGUGGUAGACCCAGUGGUCUAUGUGUUGGCCAGUAAUGGAGUGAGGGAGGACAUGCGUUGGUAUUGUUGGAAAAGCAGGCCAAGACAGGAAACAGGAAGCCCACUUGUUGAUGCAAAAUGUAAGACCAAAGUUAUCAGUUUGUCUUAAGGCCAACCACAGGUUUUAGAAAUUGUGGGGGAAUUCACUAAGAUUGAAUUGUGCCUACCAAGAGGGUGAUUUAUUGGCAUAUGCUUUCUGCAUUGUUUUAGCACCUGAUUCACAAACAGACCCCAAAAUUUGGCGCUGAGCGCAAUUUGCACAGCACAAGUCCUAAUCUUUCAGGCUGGUUCUGAGUGCUCAGUUAUAGAGGAUGCAGCAGACUAUUGCAAUCUACUGUGUUUACCGGGACUGUACAGCAAUUAGGGUUGGCGACUUUUUCCCACACAAAUACAGGACAUUUGAGCACAGAUGGAUUAGUAAUCUGGCAUACCGGCAUUUUCCUGGUGGGUCGACGCACUUUAGGGCUGAUCAGGGCAGGCUGGCCAUCGGGAGAACCGGAACAACGCUGAAAUUAGCCAAAAAAAGCUGAAAUUCUGCAGAACGGGCCACAAAACUGUGCGACAACAUGCAGAAGGGGGCAGCGAUAUGCAGAAAAGGACAGUCCACAAUACUGGAGAAUAGGUGUCUUUAUUUCAGCCAAAAUACGGAACAUUACAUUAAUGUCGGACAGUUGACAACCAUAACAGCAUCACAAUCCACAAGGCACCUCAAUUGACUCUUUAAAAUUUAAAAAAAUGUGCUUGACUACACUGUGCAUCUGGAUAUAUGGUCUCUCUUCUUCAUAACUUUUAUCACAAUUAAUGCUGCCAUCAUAACUAGAAAAUGUAUACAAACAUUUAUUUUUAAUGACAUUCCAUUUACGACAUGCUUUCUGUGGGUGGAAACAGCAAAAUAUUGUUGCAGGCAAAUAGCACUGAGUUUUGUGAACAAGAUGCAUUCUACAAUGAGCCAACUUUGCAUAUAAAGGAGGUGUGUUUGCACUGAAAAGAAUGACAAUGACUUAAUUUACACUAUUUCAGCCCGUUUAGCACUUGGUUAAACUGGAUUGUUGUUAGUUGGUGGAUAAGAUGCUAGUUUUUGUGCUGGAGGUAAAAGUGUCGCAAUUAUUUAGUCAUUGAUGUGUGCAGAUUUGUGUACUCAACUCCAUUUUGUCCAUUUUUAUAUAAAAAAGCUUGCAAAAAUAAAUAAAUAAAUUGCAUUAUUGUUUUUUUAAAUUGAGAUGAGGGAUAUGUCACUGUGUCCUUGCAAGCAUCAAGAGGAUGUUUACAAAAUGUACUUUCUCUGAGGGACCCUUGAAUCACUUGAACGUUCUGUGUAAGAGCCGUACUCAGCGUACUAAGCGUUGUUAUUGUGGGUAAAAGCUUUACUUGUUUGACCUUUUUAAUUCACAGACUACUCCCUGUAACUUACUGUAAAAAACAGAUUGAAUCAUUAAAGAAGAUUUCAUCUAUCUGU